AUGGCGAUGAAAAGAGAAGAUUUUAAAUGUAUAUAUGAUAAUCUAAAUGACAAGGAUGAUAUUCCAUCUUUAAAGUUUCAAUUUCAACAAUACUCUUAUUCAACAUUUAUAAGUAUAUACUCUCAAAAGAGAAUGAAAGAGUAUAGAAAUCUAUGUCACAGGAAACUACCAAAUCUUCGUGUACAUUAUCAAUCAUAUUUAAAGGGUAAAUCAUUGAUCAAUAUAUCAAGUGAAAUAGGUGUUUCAUCAACUAUUGUUGGAAGACAAUUACUUGCCUAUAUAUUGGAUACCGAUAUAAAAGCAUUAUAUUCACCAAAUACUAAUACAAAUACAAAUACAAAUACGAAUAAUACAAAGAGUGGUGGUGGUGGAACUGGAAAUAAUAAUAAUAAGAACGAUAAUAAUAAUAAUAAUAAUAAUAAUAAUAAUAAUAAUAAUAAUAAUAAUAAUAAUAAUAAUAAUAAUAAUAAUAAUAAUAAUAAUAAUAAUAAUAAUAAUAAUAAUAAGAAUGAUAAUAGUAAGAAUGAUUAUAGUAUUGUUGCUGGUAAUGUUGUGCCACCCAGUCCUGUUGAAGAAAGUCCAUUAUCAAAAUUAUUGGCAGACAAAAAAGACAAGGAUGCAAUUGUAAAGAAACUAUUUAAACAUCCUGAAUGGAUAGAGAAUGAAAGAUUAAGAUUAAAUAUUCAACAAACUAUUUACAAUGAUGACAAUUGUUCACCUUUAAUUAAUUAUAUUAGAUCAUCAACUGGAUCAGAAUAUGAAUUAUUAUUACAAGAGAAAUUAUUUAAAUUAAAUAUACCAUAUCAAAAUGAAGAUCAAUUAAGAAAGAGUGGUUAUCCAAAAACACCUGAUAUUAAAUUAGAUAUUCCUUUUUCAUAUAAAGGAUAUAUUGUAAAUUGGAUAGAGAGUAAAGCAUCAUUUUGUGAUGACCAUAAUUACAAGAAUACAAAAGAUCAAAUCAUUGGAUACAAGAAUAGAUAUGGUCCGGGUUUGGCUAUUUUUUGGUUUGGUUAUAUAGAAGAUUUGAAUAAUCUACAAGAUCAUGGAGUUGUACUAUUAGAAACUUUUCCAGAUACAAAAGAUAUUGAAGUAUUACAUGAUUUUACUCCAUUGUAUAAUAAUAUAAAGAAAUAA